CACUCGGGCCGCAGCGCCUCGGGCCGCACCCCCCCCCCACACACACCCCGCGCCUGGGAGGCGACCCCGGUGCUCCCAGGGUUCAGAGCCCCGGCGCGGUGGCUCCAGCCCCUCCGGAGGCGGGGAGGCGAAGGGGGUGGUGCGGGAACCAGGAAAGCGGAGCCCACAGAGGCGCAGCCCUGCGCAGGGAUGGGCAGCGCGCUACAAAGUGUGUGACCGCCGCGAACUCUCGGCUGGAGCGGCCGGACUCGGAGCUUGCGCCCGGCCCCAGGGCCCUUUCGCGGCCACGAGCGGCCGUCCUCCCGGCCUGGUGCCCCGCGCCCGAUCGGGGUUCAUGGAGCCGGGGCUGUGGCUCCUUUUCGGGCUCACAGUGAUCUCCGCCGCAGGAUUCCGGCCGUGCCCUCAGACUGGGGGCUCUGGCAGGACCAGCGCGCUUCCGGGCCCCCCUGCAGCCAGAUCUGAGGGGGACUGCGAAGAAACUGUGCUCGGCCUCAGCGAGGGGACGGGGGCCCCAGCGGCGGCGCAGGGCCCAAGUCCUGGAAAAUCUGGGCAGGAGCUGGGAGUGGAGGGGGGCCCUGUGCACCACCGUGCCCGGCGCUGCACGUGCUUCACCUACAAGGACAAGGAGUGUGUCUACUACUGCCACCUGGACAUCAUCUGGAUCAACACUCCCGAACGGACUGUGCCCUAUGGACUGUCCAACUACAGAGGAAGCUUCCGGGGCAAGAGGUCCUCAGGGCCUUUUCCAGGGAGCUCACAGGCCUCGCUGCAGACCCACUUGCGCUGUGCAUGCCUGGGGUCCGACGACAAGGCCUGUGUGCGGUUCUGCACGCAGACGUGGGAUGGCCGCAGUAAUUCCAGGACAGCAGAAAACGCAGACAAAUAAGAGAAAGGGACAGCCAGCAGGGCCCGUCUUGGGCUGCAGCAAAGAUAAGCUGGCGUCCAGGACAGACAAGGCCCGUGGGCUGUAGGUGGCCGACGCCGAUGCUCCCCGCUGUGGACUUCACCCUGGUCCUCUGUGCCUGCCUGCUCUCUUCCAGCAAGGAGCCAUUGCUCACACGCAGUUCAAAUUUCCACUUCUUUAGGGACAAGGAAUGAACUCGCCUGGGUCAGAAAACCCACCCAGAGAGUCCCCACUUAACAGUUCACUCCUACUCUGAGAAUCCCCAAAUCUCAAUGACCCCAGUUUCCCUAAUGGGUAAAACGAUCCCAGAUGUGCCCUGGGACCAGAAGCCCGAAGCUCCAGUUUCACGCAGGAAAUUGUUUCUGGAGAGGUACAGCAAGCCAGAGAGCCACUUACUGGCUUUUGACAUGACUGCUCUUGGAGAGUAAGUAGACGCCGAGCUGGCUGUCUGCAAAAGUAAACACAUGUCCAUCUUGUGUUAGAUGCACAGUGCGUGUGUGGCCACAGCAGGCCAGCUUCUCCUCUGCAGGUUGUGAGCUAGUGAGGGGUGUGCUGUCGGCUUCAGGCCCAGGUUGUGGCUGUACAGUAGUUCUUGAGUUUGAAGCGUGUAGUAUUUAGAUAGAAAUUUCAGCUGUGCUUGGUACCCAUCAAAGCAGUGUAUGCCAAAGAAAAAAGACCAAAGAAGCAAAGGCAGCGCGAAGGCUGUCGUCUUCAGGACGAGAAGAGGAGAGAAUAUCUGCUGGUUUUGAGCUCGGGUGUGUCGCACAGAGCUUGUACUUUGUCCCUGGACUGGGCCUGUGGGCCUGUGGGUCCUUAUAGACACCAGGCCCGUGCACUGUGACAGCCUUGUUUGCAGGAAGCCAGCUAUAAAGACAGCCCCCAGCUCAAGGCUAUUAGGUUGAAUAUUUGCUUUCAUGAAUAAAUGUGGAUCUUUGGGGAGUGGCUUCAAAAUAACCCACAAACACAAACUCUUUAUAAAUUAUGUAAAUUCCUAUUUAUCUAUGAAAUUGGCAACGUCUGGGAAUUGUAACUCCCGAUGGUUCUUCUACUGUGCUCUUCUGGCCGAGCUACACUCACAGCGAGUGUGAGGGACUGGGACUCUGCCACCUUUACUGGGCACAUGGGGAGUGGCCGCCCACCUCCCCACCUGGUCACAGAGCCAUGAGAACCGCCUUGCCUUGGGGCAGUGCCAGGGGGUCUGUAUGGGGAAAUUUGAGGUGGUACACGAUACAACAUUGGCCUUAACCAGAUGUCAAACUCGGGAGGAGCAUUUCAGAAGUUAUUAUGGGUGUGAAAGUGCGUGCCUGUCAUGAGGAAGUGAAAGCAAACUGAUUUGCUAGGAGGAGUUUGUACAGUUUAGAGAGGCAAUUAUUUAUUGGGGAGCUGUUCUCUACUUCACUUCCUUUAUGGGAUCUGUUAAAAGUUAAGUCACUGUAUAGAUAUGGAGAGAUUUUAAAUUGCCUUCUGAAUCCAAACUAAUAUCCCUUCGAGCUUGAAUUACAUUUUAAAAAUGCAUAUCCACUGUUUGGCACAGUGGCAAGAUAGUAUUUCGGAGAGAAAUUCAUUCGUUGUGCAAACACUCAGAAAUUACUAACUGUCAAAUGCAUAAUAAAAAAAAUC